UUUGCCAUCUCUAAUUUAGGGUAGUUGGUGAAAUCUGGCGCGAUUUUGUUUAAAUUAUAAUUUAUUUCACUAAAAGGACUCGAAAAUGGCACGAGACUCAAUUUUGACCUGGAUGCGAAACCUGGGCGAGAAGGGGCGUCAAGAUGAACUGGAAUUGCUAAUUCAAAAUACGCCAAUUGAACAGUUACAAACCACGCUGAAGACCACAUUGACGCGAAGCGAAGGGAUAACCUUUUGGAAUUACUUACUCCUGGGAUUCAAUCCGGACAGGGAGGAUGCCGUGUUGAAGCGAUUCGAGUGCGUGCGCAGCUUUAUGGACCAUCUGAGCAGCAUGGAACUCAGCUAUAAGCAGACCUUUGAUCUAAUUACCCGCCUGUCCCAGGACCUGGUCACCUUUCCCACCGACCAGCUGGCCUGGAUCGUGGAGCACUGCAUGGACGGGAUGCGCCAAGGGGACCCCAAGUGCGUGGGCUGGAAGGAUUUGCUGCCAAGCGCACUCUUGCUAAUGUUGUCUAGGCCGCGGUUUCUUCUAAACGGCAUCUUCAUGGAGGGAACUGAGUUUAGGGAUAGCACUGUAAGAAGUAUAGCCACCAUGCAAUGGCCUUCCACGAUCCUCACUCCAAUUGCAGACAUGUUUAAGUCCAUAAAUCUCAGCAGUGGAGAAAUCUUGACGGUGCUGAACAAGUUCUCUGGCGCAGUGCAGGAGCUGUCGCCCAUGGAACUGCCCGCCCUGUGUUUCCAGCUCUUUUCGAUGUGCAGCACUGCAUCGCAGUUGAUUAUUCCUUUGCUUGCCUUGGAUAAGUAUUUUCAUCGCAAUUUCUACAAACGCCUCUUCUCAGACAUGUGUAGCAACUCCACCAACUUGGAUAGCAUUGACUCGUAUUCGGACAAGGAAUUAAGGGAGGCGGAGGAGACUAUUCUGCAUCAUUUGAACUACUGCACCAUGUACAAGCUAACUGAAAAACAUUUGGCUAUAAUGCUAAGGAACUUUCUGCAUAUGCCGGAUGUGAUCCUUACUCCGUUUAUGCUCAGCGCUAUCAUUUCCAUGACCAGCAUUAACCGAGACCCAGAGUCUGCAAGAAUCUCUCAUUCCAUUUUGCUGCCUUUUUUGCGUAAUGUGAUUAAAAACAAUGAAGAAGAGCGAACAUUGGCGGACUACUCCGUAUGGUAUCGCGAUACUUUACAGCGGAAACAAGUUGAUUUGCAACAGGUGUUCGCUGUGCUUAUAGAUCAGAACAAAGACGGCAAGGAUGUGAUAACUCCUGGACUUGUUCACUUGGUAUUUUACCUGCUGAAAUCCCAAACUCCCAAGAUGCAUACAUUAGCCAUAACGUUCCUAACCAAGUUUAUACGUAAACGUUUCAUAUUCGGCCAGGGCAUUAUAAAACUAAUAUCCGAGUGGAUGAUUGUAUACCAGGAUCAGAAUCAAUUCUCAGAAUGUCUUACUCUUUUGAGUGUUGCUGAUACAUACACCGUCUCCGAAUGCAUUAAGACCAUUCAAACUGUUAUGGAUCACAUGCAAUGGCUGUCUGGUGAGCAAUCCAUGAGUAUGAUGAACUUUAUUCUACCCUUAUUGAAGAUUUCCAAUCGCGUUCGCGAUGCACUGAUUGAUGUGCUUUGCAAGGCAAUGAGCUCUAGUGGAAUCCAAAAACGAAGAAUGGCCAUUUAUGGGUUCUGUAUGAUUCUUAAACAGCUUAACAAUAGUAACGCUGUGCGGCAGUCCUCAAGUGCCACCAGCUUCUGCACCCAGCACAGCAUUUCUGGAUAUUCAAUAAUGACACAGAACACCCUGGGAAGUCGCAGCAAUCCUCAACGUAAUUUUGACAUGCUCACCCUCGAAAUUAUUGGAAUGUUACGAAAUUGCUUGCAGCAGCAGUUUGAGAUACGUUGCACCCUUUAUGAGAAUCUUCAGAGAGCCGUAGAGCUUAAUGCUAAACUUGUGCCUCAUGUGCUGCAAGUCAUAGACUGGCACUUUCGCAGUUUUUUUGAGACCCCCUCUGCAGAAGAAGCCGGGGACGAUCUGGACACAGUUUUUCGCAUCCGCUACGAUCAGUUGGUUAGCUCUAGCGAUGACCAACAUAUGGAGAUUCAGCUAAAAGAUAACCUAGGCCGAUUGAUCCAAUUCGUUGCCAACUGUUUGUCAAUCUUUGAACGAGCUCCAUCAGGCUACGACACUCGGGAGAUGAAUCGGCUCUUGAGUUUUUGUGUGGACCGUAUGGUGGCCAACAGAUUGCCAUUGGAAGACAUCUCUCCCCCAGCCACACAUAUAAAAUGUGCUCUUGUAUUGCAACAGCUAAAUAUUAUUGAAGGAAUAAUUAGCCACUUGCUACUAAGCUCGAAGCCACAAAACGAUGCUGUUUCUCAAAUUUUGCCGCUAUUCAACCAGCAUUGCAAACUUUUGGAGAGUCUUAAGUCAUUGGCUGACGCUUCUAAGAAAGCCCAUAAACAAUUUAAGCAAACGGCCAAGAAUAAUAGUACAUCAGCGUGCAAUCUAACUAUGAAUGGUGUCCCUGUAAAAACUAUGUGUUCACAACCUGAAAACAUUUGGGAUUUGGCCAUACUAGACAAGCUGCUGCAUUUACUGCUCGAUGACGUUGUUGCCUUUGCUGCUUCUCAAAAGACAGGUCUCUUGCGGUCGAACGAGCCUCUUGUUCGUUAUGUUUUAUCGGUAACAUCCAAAAGGGUGGAAACUAUACGCCAAGAGCCUGAUUAUAAGCAACUAGCUUAUAGUAAACGGACUUUUAAACAGUUGACAGACAUUACCAAGAUUAUUUAUGAGCGCUGCAUUAACCGCUUGCCCGAGUUUUGGAAAGACUUCGAUAUGCAGAGCGCAGCCUUAUCCACUCAGUGUUUUUCUGAAUGCCUACGAACAGCCCACGAAAUCUAUCCCAAAAAGUUCCAAGAUUUCGUCAAGACAUUUGAUAUGGCAUCUAUAAAGGGGAACAGGAACAAGGAAGCGAUUUAUAUUGUACAGGAUGUCUUAGAUGAGUUUAUGACGGACUAUGGCAGUGAUGAAUCUAUUUACAAAGAUGAUUUUAUUGCCAAAGUGCCAAUUUGCCUUUUGGAAUCUCUGGAAAUUCUUUUGGAUCACAUCGACUACGGAGAACGUGCUGCAACCGAAUCAUUCACUUGGCUCUUAAACUUUUGCUCAAAGAACGAAAUUCUCAAUAGCGAAAUGGGUUUGGUGCACAGAAUUCUAUUCAUUCAGCGGCAAAAGACCCAUUUGGGUCCCUUUUUUGAAGGUGUUGCCAGACAAUUGGGUUUCAUCCUCGGCGUUCAAAAUGAAGCCACUCCAAUGGAUUCCGUAGAGCUAAGGCUAAAAUCGAUAAGUACAGUGACUGCCGAGAGUUGCUUACAGCAUCUCUAUACAGCAGUUCAGAAGCAGCUGGCCGAUGUGGAUUAUUUUGUAACCAAAGCCAAUAAUCUAAACUACAAAUGUCAAGUUGUUCCCGAAAUCGAUCAAAUAUAUUGGCGUGGUAACUUGGAUGCAAUGGAUCGUUCUAUAUGCACUCAAAUAAUCCACAUAUCACGGACUUUGCUGGCUCUUACCAACGUUUGCAUACCUCUGGGGUCUUCUAUGGAUGGGCUCAUGAAAUUGCUGAUCCAACACUUCACUUGUAUGAAGAAUCUAACCAGACACUAUAUAGCGAGCUACACAUCAGAUACAAGCAUUGAACACAUUCGAAGCACAAAAUUUGAACUGCUACUACGUGAUGUGGGCAAACAGCUUCCAGCUAAUAUUUAUGAGCUAAUUACGUACAUAGAAGCGAAUACCCUUGAUGAGGAAGCGCAGCAGCAUUUAAAAAAGCGAAAGGUUGAGGCAGAGCGCGCCAAAGUGCUGCGAGAGACCCGUCUAAUUCCCAAGGUAAUAAUGGUAAUCGAGGACUUCAACAAACACAUAAUCCUACUGUCAAAGAAGACUAAAAGCCAGAAUAGGCUUACAGAUUACCUGCACUUGGGAACCAUGCGUGACUUUGACAUUAAGUCGACAGAUCUUAGAGCGGCCAUAGAGCGCAGUAUAUCGGAUGGUCGUAAUAUAUCUAUAGAGGACAGUAAUGCUGAGGAUCCAGAUCAGGAUGAGGAUGAAGACGCUCAAUCCACAACAUAUCCUGGCGAAAUCGAGGAAGAGGAUGCUGAACCCGUAGUUGAAGAGAAGAAAGGCCAACGUCGGAGACGUGCUCUUAGCAGUGAAGCGGAGGAUUCUCAGCCAAAACGAAAAAGGGGACGCAAAGCUGCGGAGAAGCCGCCAGCUAAAACCCUUUGCAAUGAUCCAGAGGAAUCUGAUGAAGGGCAACCUGAAACCACUUCAAAAACGCAACGGACCAAAAACGAUUCGAAAGCGCAGCCUAAAAAGCGUGCUCGUGCAUCAAAUGAGAGUAAAACCGCUAAAAAAUCGAAUGUGCAAGUUGAUCAGCAAUCAACGAAACCAACAAAAGAACUUCGAAAACCGGAAGAACCCGUUGUAAAGGAAAAAACGCAACCCAGUCGUAGAGUGGGUCUUCAAAGAUCUUCGAAAAAAUGAAUUUAAGUAAAAUGUUGGGUAAACAUAUUUGAUUUCUCAAGUAGAUUGAUCUUAAUUUACCACAAUACAAUUCGGAUUUAAAAAACUUAACAUACUUUUUGCUGCUGAGUAUUCAAUAAAUUAAAGAUAUUAACUUAAACCUUUCUGGAAAAAGCAUCUGCCUGAUCAAGUUUAUAUUUGGUGUAUAGAUACACAAUUUUUAAAUCAUCAUUCUAAAACAAAAUUAUUGUUUUAAUGUUAAAUACCUUUAUAUAUAUUUAAAUUAUCAUUUUACAAUGUAUAUAUGUAAGUUUGCUGUGUUGAGUUUCCUAUCAAAAUUAUCAAUUACCCCGUGAAAUAAACAACCGUCUG